AUGGCGAUAACCUCCUAUAAAGAAGGACUCGACCCUAUCAAGGGCUUCCUGAAAUGGGACAAGGAACUUCCCAAACUCAUUAGAAAACUGGGAGCUCAGCAUGACCAAUUCAAUCAAACGAUCCAGAUUCUCUUCGGAUCCAUCACGACAGAUGCCGAAUGGCUGAAGAUGUCAACUGAUCCUAGGGCUUCACUAGAGCUAUGGAAGAGCAAGGAGACAGCGCUCCAGGAGAAGCUCCAAAACACCUACAAGUCCUAUCAGAACACGAUGACGGAGAUAGCAAGGAUAAUGACCAAGAUCGCAAGCAAAUUGGAUCUGGACAAAGCGGCUGAGCUUACACGAAACGAUCUCGAGGCAAUCCUCGCCGCACAUCCCAAGAAGGCUGACGACACGUUCGAAUUCGGCAAGCGCGUGAAAUUCGCGAUGAACAAAAAGAGCGUCAAAGGGCUUCUCGAUGAACUUGACGAGUGCAAUCGACAGCUGGAGAGAUUUACGGAAAAGAGCGAAAAGAUCGAGACGUUUCACAAAGCUACCAAGCCGUCCUAUGCCACGCGUUUGCAGAAGCUCCAACGAUACGCCAAGAUCCUACACGAGUCGCUCAACCUGUGCUGGUCGUGUGCCUGCAAGUCUUCCCAUACGGCCAGCCUGCAGCUUGAGCCGCGGGAGAGCAUAUUCGCUUCACGGCAUCACAAAACGUACAGUUCGUCAUCGAAGACAUGUUUCAACGUUUCUUUCUCGACCAUCUCGUCGGAUAGCCAUGGAGCGCCCUGGUUGUUUCAGGCUGCUGAAUUCCAUGUAGACGACGAAGAAGAGGAAGGCUGUCUCACACCGAUGCCUUCUCCUAAACCCAGGGUAACAAAGAGCGUCAGCUUCGGAUCGCUUCCUCCAUACGCAGUCUUAGAUCCCGGAACAAGUUCCUUACCUUCUUAUGAAGAAGUCAGCGACUUGUGUGCAUCGAUCCAGCAACUACACAAGACGUCUUCGACUAUCGGCUUCUCAUUGAACAGCAAGAGCAAACUACGAGGCGCCUACUCAGUUGACAGCGCAGACGCAUACAUGCCCAGUACAGAGUUGAUAUCGCUCGAGACCUUAUUAGAACGUCCGCCAAUGAUCAACGGAAAGAAAUCCAAGCUGAGUAAGAAAGAGAGGUACAGCCUAGCUUUGACCUUGGCGUCCAGCAUACUCUACCUGAACUCAACUCCAUGGCUCGCUAGCAAAUGGACUGCGCGGGACAUCUUCUUCCAUCGGACGUCAGAUCCUACUCGUCCAAUCGACAUCACCCGCCCAUAUCUCGCUCCAAGCCUUUUCGAUAUUCCAAAAGACGGAGAGAAGAAACCGAAGCCAGUGACUUUCGAGAACAACAUACUCCUCGCGCUGGCCGUAGCACUACUUGAGCUCUACUUCGGCACAACAGCCGAGAAAUACCGGAAAUCUGAGAUUGAAGACGAAGUUGCAAACGCACAAGUGCCAGAACAGUGGAAAAUGCUUACCUUAGUGCAUACUUGGUCACGCAAUGAGGCUGAAGAGAUGUCUGCUGCGUUUCAAAGUGCAAUCGGAUACUGCAGCAGUCCCAUGGCUAGCUUACAAAAUGCCGACUGCCUCCAAGCUGCAGUUGAGAAUAUUGUGCUACCGCUGCAGGAGGAGCUCAAUCAGUUUUUGGGCAAGACAUUAGGUUAG